AAUACGCGCGCACACGGACGCACACGGACGCACACACACACACGCGCCGGCACAGCGCGCGCACGUCUCCAGCCGCGUCGGAAGUUGUCGGGUUUCGGAGUGCGUUCGGUCCUCCGAGUCGGUCCGCUGUACUGUUCCACUCGCCUCCGAACGCGGAUCGCCGCCGCAGUCGUAAAUUAUACGCUAGCACGUGGCCCCCACAGCCCCGUCCGACGGACACGUACGACGACGACGGUAUAAUAUAAUAAUAUUAUUUAUAAUAUCGCAUUGUCGUAUCAUAUUAUCGUAAUUUUUAAUAAAUUAUUAUUUUAUUUUAUUUUAUUUUACUUUACUCGUUAUUAUUCGCGCGAGUGAUAUUUUUGUCGUUCGACGUACAUCAUAAUAUUAUUAUUUCGUAUAUACACACUAUUGGCGAAUUUUAUUUGGCGAACGUUUUAAAAUUUCGAUUUUAAUUUUUAAUUUUUUUUUUUUUUUCGUGUUUCGAUUUUUCGUGUUUUCGAGUGCGCGUUCGAUUUCGUGAUUAUUUUUUGUGAUUUUCCGCGGUCGGCCACAGACAUUAUGACGCCGUUUUCGAAUGGCACGUUGGAGACCUGACGGCGUAAUAUCAUCGUACAUUAUUAUUACCCGUACUCACGCCGCUGCCGAAGCUCGUAAACCCGAUACAGAGGUACCGUAUAAAAAACAAGGUUCGUCGGCCCUCCGCGGGUGAGCUUUGUACGCGCCACAGACGCGCGGACAGCGGACGCUCCGACCGUCGUCUUCGGACAGGUAAACCGUCGCGCAACGAGCCGUGCCAUCGUCUGAGCGCGCGCGCGCGACCCGAACCGCUUAGAUGAACAUGAGUUCGUAUCAGUUCAUGAACUGCUACCAGCAGAGCCAGCAGGCCCAACAGCAACAGGGCCGGGCCGUCACGUCGCCGGUGGACCCGCUGCAGACGGGCAACAGCCCGGGCGGCGCCGCGUCCGCCUCGGCCGCCGACUACUACGGACAGGCGGCCCAGGGCGGCGGCGGCGGCGGCGUGUACAACGCCGGGCCCGCGGCCGGCUGUUACUCGCCGCAACAGUACGCGUCGCAGUACAUGCAACAGUCGUCGCCGUCCAUGAUCGACUACACGCAACUGCACUCGGUCAAUCACCAGCAACAGCACCAGCAGCACCAGCAGCACCAGAGGCUGCAGGCGGCCGCUGCCGCUGCGGCCGCGGGCGCCCACCUGCAGCACUUGCAGCACCACGGCGGCGGCGGCGGCGGCGUCGGCGGUCUGCCCUCGCCCGGCGGCGGCGGCGCCAUAUCGCCCAUAUCGUCGGCGCUCAACAACAACGUGGUCGGCAUGCCGUCCGCGGCCGGCGGCGGCGUCGUCCAGUGCAAGUACGAGGUGUCCGCCUCGGCGUCGGCCACGCCGAACGGCAUCAGCUCUCCGCAGGACCUGACCACGUCCGCGGCCCCGCCGCCCGGCUCCCGAUCGCCGCCGCCCGCCGUCGUCAUGAAGUCCGUCCGGUCGUCCGGCGGCCCGGUGGCCGGUUCCUCGCCGGCCGCCCAAGGGCCCGUCUCGCAGACGUCCUCGUCGCCCGCCUCGUCCAUAUCGUCCACGUCGUCCAACGGCGGCGGCGGCGGCGGAAACGGUAACGGGCCCGCGUCGUCGGGCGGCAAACAGGGCUCCGGCCAGAAUCCGCCGCAGAUCUACCCGUGGAUGAAGAGAGUUCACCUCGGACAGAGUACGGUGAACGCCAACGGCGAGACGAAACGGCAGCGCACGUCGUACACCCGUUACCAGACGCUGGAGCUGGAGAAGGAGUUCCACUUCAACCGGUACCUGACCAGGCGGCGGAGGAUCGAGAUCGCGCACGCCCUGUGCCUGACCGAGCGGCAGAUAAAGAUAUGGUUCCAGAACAGGCGGAUGAAGUGGAAAAAAGAGCACAAGAUGGCCAGCAUGAACAUGGUGCCGUACCACUAUCACAUGGCCGCCCAGCCCUACGGCACCCCGUACCCGUUCACGCACCUCACCACCUGAGAUUCGUAUUAUUAAUUUAACGGUUCCGUUUAGGCGUCGUCCGGGCCGUCGUCGGUCGAGCACACCGACGGCGGCAGUGGCGUCGCCGAACGGCAAACGCGCGAUAGGUAAGACAACCGUUAAAUUAAUAAUACAUAAAAAAAAAAUAAAAUAAAAUUCACGAGACGCGGCGAAAACGCGUCGCGGACGUUACACGCGUCGACGGGUGUGCGCGAAAUUCGCGACUGCGCACAUCGGUCGGUCGUCAUAUUGUAACGAUAUAUUGUGUAAUAUAAUAUGUGUGUAUAAAGUGUACGAUAUCGAUUAUAUAUUCUAUAAAAUAUAUAUAAUUAUUUGUGUUUGUAUUUCAUAGGUAAAUACUAUAAUAAUAUAUUAUAUAUGAUAUUCAUUUAUUAUUGCGACUUGUAUUUAUAAUUUUAUCGCUUGGACAUCAUAAAAUAAUGUGUUGUAUCGUGUAAUUGUGUAAAAUAUGUGUUUUUUAAAAAAUAAUAUAAUAAUACGAUGAACGCACGUCGUAAUAAUAAAAAAAAAAAAAAAAAAAAAAAAAAAAAACAAAACAAAACAAAAAAAACCAUUUCUUUCGAUACCUUUCGUUUCGAUUUCAUGUUUUAUUAUAAUAUAUAUUUAUAUAUAGUUGACCCCGCCGAGUACAACAAUAAUUUAUUGUCAUGUUAUAAUAAUAUAAGCGCAUUAUUGUGAUUAUACCACGUAGCGAUUACGCCGGCCGUUGCAUCCAUAAAAGACAUGUCUAAGACCGAUUUUAUAUGAGCAAUCGUAAAAUCCUCCUGCGCAAUUGUACUUUUCGACUUUUCGUACAAAUAUAAUAAGUAAUUCAAAAACCCCUAUUAUCUAUUGCUGCUGUUUCCGGACGGUGUGAAUUUAAAAAUUUGAGCGAGUACACUAAAACGUCGAAACCAAAAAAAAAAACAUAAACGAGAAGAGUACGCGGAAUAAAUGAUAGAAAACAAUCGCGGUUCGCGUGCCCGUGGCGAAAGCAAGGAUAGCGUUUGCUCAAAUUAAUUUUUUUAUACAUCGUACUGCGAAUGGACGGUACAAAA